ACGGAAUGGCAACUCUGGCUUCAUUCAAAUUUCUGCCGUUAAAGCGUUAAUUCAAAGGCAUCAUCAGUAAAGUGAACCCCUAGUUGAGCUUUCGACUAGGCUGACAUCAACAUUGCCUGCUUUAAACGAUUUUUAGAAUGGCUAGUAAAAUACCUGCUUUUACUUCGGGACUAAAACCCCCUUCUACUUCAACUUCCCUAUCUAAUCUUGCCAAACGCCGAGUUCCUGAAAUAAUUACGUCCCAGCCAACAGAGAAACGUCCAAGGACAACAGAUGACGCUCAUACCAGCAACACAUCAUCUAGUAGAUUGGUCCGUUCCAAGUCUGUCAGCAACCUAGCCACAGCUGCCCCAAAUAGCAAAUCAGCUACCUUGUCUCGAGCUCCCUCAAGCACACUGCGACCUCAAGCAUCCUCCACUGUCAGCCGCCCAGCUUCCCGUCUCACUGCUUGUGCUAAUAUAACCAAGAAGGUUGAUUCCAUUUCCAAUGCCAUCUCCAACAAAGGUGUUAAAGCCAAACCUCAAACCUUGGAGAGCCGGAUGAUGAUCAUUGAGAAACGUCUUGGGGAAUUGGAAACUGAAAAUGCUGAGAAAAAAGACACUAUUACAGUAUUGGACUCAUCCAAGAAGAGUCUGGAAGUCCAUUUAAAGGAUAAAGAGAGUGCAGUAAAUAUUUUGUCAGAAGAAAUUGACAACCUGAAAAAAGAAAUCCGGACCUUGGAAGUAUCGAAUGCCACUGAAAGGAGUUUACUGGAAAACAAAAUUCGUGAACUGGAAUUCCAAAAAAGUCGGGCGGAACGUGAGCGGACCAACUUGGAAGGGGAGUUGAUAGCUUCUCAGAAGGAGAUCGUCGGACUCAAGUGUUCUAUUGCUGAAAUGAGCUCAGCCUCUGCUGGCAUGCGUGCAGAAUUGGAAAUCCUUCAGCGGCAGUUGAACAGUGAAAAAACUGAUAACACGCAACUUCGAAACAAUCUUUCCGCGGCAACUGCGGAAAUUCAAGAGUUACAAACUCGUUUACGACAAGAGGAAACUCUCAGACGACAGUUGCACAAUACGGUGCAAGAAUUAAAAGGAAACAUUCGAGUUUUUUGCCGAAUCCGAUCGAUCAUUCCUUCAGACAAAAUGGCGUCAGGAAAAAUACCCCAUCUUAAUGUUCUUCAUCAUCGCUCGCUUGAAGUUCACAAGCUAAACCCUGACAUGACAUUAAACGAAAGCUCAAUGAAUGCUCCGGCAAGUGGCAAAGGACCAUCUAAAUUCGAAUUCACCUUUGAUCGUGUAUUCGGCCCUAAUUCCACGCAACAGGAGAUCUUUGAAGAAUUAUCGCAACUUGUUCAGUCAGCCUUGGACGGUUACAACGUCUGCAUCUUUGCGUACGGCCAGACGGGAUCUGGCAAGACUUUCACAAUGGAAGGGGGAGCCGCUGGAUCAGAAUCAGACGGCAUGAUACCUCGUUCAGUGCGAUUGAUCUUUGCCGCCUGUGAAUCGCUCAAGUCCAAGGGUUGGGUUUACAAGAUUGAAGCGUCAUUCCUGGAAAUUUAUAAUGAGCAAAUCCGUGAUCUAUUGGGUUCUUCGGGAGGAAACCAUGAAAUUCGCGUUGUCAAUAACGAAACUAUUGUAACAAACUUGAAGGUUGAAGAAGUUACAAACGAGAAACAAGUACACAACUUGCUUGCUAGAGCUCAACAACAAAGAGCAGUUGCUUCGACCAGUUGCAAUGAGCAUUCGUCGCGUAGUCACAGCGUUCUGCGCCUCAAAUUGACAGGAGUUAAUGACGAUACGACUGAAACUUCAAAUGGUGUCCUCUACAUGGUUGAUUUGGCAGGCUCCGAGCGCCUCAAGGAGUCGGGUGCCACUGGUGACCGACUUAUUGAAACUAAACAUAUUAACAAAUCUCUUUCAAACUUGGGCAAUGUUAUCAUGGCGCUUGCUACCAAAGAAAGCCAUAUUCCGUACCGGAACUCUAAGUUAACAUUGCUUCUUCAGCAGGCUUUGGGUGGCAGCGCGAAGACACUCAUGUUCGUCAACGUCUCCCCCAGGGAAAACUGUAUCAACGAGACCGUUAACUCUUUGCGAUUCGCAGCCAAAGUGAACUCCUGUCACAUUGGGACUGCUGUCAAAAAUAAUAGUUAAAAUCUUUUUGGUUGGGCAUUUGAAUUUCACAACACGAUUGCAAUUUAUCCUAUUUUUACGGUAGUAUAGAUUAGUGCUUUUUGAGAGAAAAAAAAAUUAAUUUACUAGACUUUAUUUCCCCUCCUGUCGCAUCAUACAGUAGUUUUACCAUCAUUUCUCCGGAUCAUCAUACCAUCAGAUGAAUUUUGGCUAAUGUUUAAAUAUUUGCUUGUAUUUCUUCCUGCGUAUAUCAUUGAUCUCUUUUCCCUCUGCAAAUAAAGUAAACGGUUCCGUCUGA